UCUCCGACCGACUGUGAACGUUGGAGUUGCGGAUUGUAGACGUGCGGGAAAUUCGUACGAGUCUUAACCUGUAAGGAGCGACGCGUUGCCUUGUUCCACAAGAGAUGAUGUUACAUUGAACCCCAUUGUUUGUUCAUUGCGAAGGAGGUUGUAACGCCGCGAUAAUGAACGCGACCGGCGUGUUUUGUCAGCUGAGACAAGUGUUGCGAAUUGGCAGAACCGUUCACACUACAUGCAUAGGUAGAGCAAGUGCGUAUGACGGUCCUGGUAAAACUACUAUCUCGUUCGUCAGUAAAGAAGUUGAGGCUUCCAAGAUCAUAGUAACUGGUUGCAACGAGUUGGGAUUCACGUUGAACACCGGCACGAAGGUGAUUGGGCCGACGAUGCUCUUUCCUAGGCACGCGAUCUCCUGGAACAUCAAGUCCGGCAAGCACAUAAACGAGGCGUCGUUGUCGCUGUUGACCGUUCUGGAACCCAGGCCCGAUAUCCUGAUCAUCGGACUGGACGAAAAGUACGAUUUCGCAUUUCUCAGACAUCUCCGGGAACUCGUGCGGAAGCUCGACGUCUCGGCGGAGAUACUCGACGUGCACAAGGCGUGUAGCGUGUUCAAUUUCCUCACCGAGGAGGGUAGAUACGCCAUUGCGGCUUUGAUACCGCCGAAAAAAACGGCGCGACAUCAACCGCCGAAGUUGCCCAAGUCCGAGUCCGUGGAAUCCGAGAAACAAAUUGCCGACGACGCCGCGAGCAAAGACGGUGACGACGAUACAGAGACAAAAACGAAAAGCGCAAAAUGAUGAAACAUGUACAAAUAACGAAAACUAAGAUAGAAAAAUUUAUACGUGUUACGUUACGUUAAAAACAAAAGGUAAGUUAUAAAAAAUUUUCUAGUUAAAAAAAAAAAAAAAGAGAAAACAAUUUUCUUCAAACAAAAAGGAUUUAUUUUACCAUGUUUCUCCUUUUGUAUCUUUCAUCCCCAACACUCAGUCACCCGAUCCCCGCGAUGAUCGGUUUGAUUCUCGAACGUAUCGAGCGUGUUAAAAAAAAAAAAAAAAAAAAA